AUGAUGACGGAAAGGCUACCCGAUGUCCGAAAUAUCGCGCAUGAGCGCGUCGGAGACGCUCGAGAACGUCUCAACGGCGCAUCUCCCCAGUCUCGCGAAGCUCUUCAGGAACACAUGGACGCAAAUGAGCCGAAUUCUACUGCGAGUGAUGACCAAACCACCGAGAGCAUACAUCAGAGAAAAGAAGUCCCGGAUGGCAGACGCACGGGAGUGGAUGAGAACGCGCAGGAGCUGUUGAGUAGCUCGUGCCUCCUGACCGCUAUGGUCCUUGACUACCUGCCUUUUUUACUCUACUGGAAGGUGCUGUCCUCUGCGAUGUUCCGUUUCCUUAUCUUGGUCGCCUUACCACGUGGAUCAAUCAUCUCUUGGACCUGUUUCGAGGAUGAUCUGGGUUAUGCUCCUAUUUAUGUGGCGAAGCCUCUCGGAAGGCACCCCAUGAUAGCCCUCGUGUCCUCAGCGUUGCAAGGGCGUGGCGUCAGCUCGAUGUGCGGAUUAUGGACAUUCCUGGGGGCAUUUAAAGGGACAUUGCGGCUUAUGGAGGUUUCCUCUACCGGCAAGGUCGCAAAGAAAGGGAAGAAGAGUCUACAUAAACGCGCAUCACCUCGCACUACUCAAGAAGAGCCUGCUGAUAUCAAUUUGCCUACCGAAGCGUCAAGGGAACAGUCUGGCACUGUGAACAAGCCUCUCGCCGUCUUCGCGAACAGCGUCGCCGUCAGGAAGGCGUCACCUCACUUCGAGCGUCUGUUGUCCGGCGGAUUCAUGGAGAGUCAGGUUACCGCCUUGGAUGCAGAGAACCAUCUCCCACAGAAUUUAUUCACAAACGAGUAUGAUUACGACUCUGACAGUGAUCUGGAUGACGACGAAGAUGAGACUGAUGGGCAAGGUUCACAAGCCGCUCCUCUAACGCCGAAGAGCAAGCUAGCGGACAUCCGUGACGAAGAAAAUAUUUCGGCGCUUACAUUCCGGGAAGUAGAGAAUCUUGAGGUACCUAGCACAUCAAAUGAGAAAAUUCUCGAUGCCUCUGAUGCCAUUCAGACCCUUCCGCGUGGAGGAAGAAUUGGCCGAACGGUCUACAUCAAGGACAUAGCGUUUAGAACUUGGCAGGCUUUCAUUUUCUACGUGUACACCGGCAAAAUUGAGUUCGCUCCUCUUAAGUCUCAGGGACAAAGUGGGCGUGAUGCGAGCGUCGAUGAGCGCGCAAUGUUAUCCCGGCCUCCACGCUGCUCUCCCAAAUCGAUGUAUCGUCUUGCCGAAAAGUACGACAUGAAAGAAUUGAAGGAUUUGGCUGCGAAAGAUCUGGAGUCGAAGUUGUCUAAGGAGAACAUCUUGCCCGAGGUCUUUUCUGGAUUCACGUCGAGAUAUCUGGAAAUAUCCACAAAACAGGUCGAAUUCUUGAGUAACAACCUUGGGUCUGUCGUGUCGCAAUUGCCGCAGUGGAUAAAAAGUAUCGCUAUGGGCCUUUUGCCACACAGUGCCGACACGCUAGUAUCCUUCAUUCAGAAGGUGGUGGCGUUGAAAGUGGGCACACAGGCUGAGCCAGUAUGUGCAUAUGGCUGCCGUUCGGGGUAUAACCGCACUUGUCGCAACUGUAGUCGAUCGAUGUAG